AGUGACAGACUAAUAGGCAUACACGUCAAUAUUACUUAGAUAAAACGAGUAGUCCUACGCUGGUCUGGUGUAAGCCUGCACAGUGGAUAAUAUUAUUUAUAGUCUUUUUUUAUAGGAUUAAUAACUGCAUUGAAUAUUUAUGUUAUUCACAGGAAAAUUACAUUAGGUCUCAGAAAAUAAGCCUUGUAUAUUUCUGUAGAAAUGACGCCCUGUUUUCGACAACUUGUUUUGGCAAUCAUGUGUUCAUUACUUCAUUUAGGUUUAAGCAGCAGCAGCAGUUAUGAUAUCAGUUUCCCGUGUACUGAGGGUGAAUUUCAAUGUGCUAAUGGAAAUUGUAUUCCUGAUUUUUUGGUAUGUAAUGACAACAAUGAAUGUGGAGAUAAUUCUGAAGAGGCUGAGAACAUAUGUAAUAUCAGUUUACCGUGUUUUGAGGGUGAAUUUCAAUGUGCUAAUGGAAAUUGUAUUCCUGAUUUUUUGGUAUGUAAUGACAACAAUGAAUGUGGAGAUAAUUCUGAAGAGGCUGAGAACAUAUGUAGUAAUGUUUCAUCGUGUGCUAGUUAUCAAUUUCAUUGUGGCAAUGGACACUGCAUUCCUGAUACCUGGGUAUGUGACAGUGGAAUUGAUUGUCAAGAUGGUUCUGAUGAAGAUGAGAAUAUAUGUGAUGAUCGUCCUACGUGCGAUGAUACUGAAUUUACGUGUGGCACAAAUGCUUGCAUUCCUGAUUCUUGGGUAUGUGAUGGUGAUAAUGAUUGUCAAGAUAAUUCUGACGAAGCUGAGAACGCGUGCGCUACUGAUGAUGAUCGUCCUACGUGCGAUGAUACUCAAUUUACGUGUGGCACAAAUGCUUGCAUUCCUGAUUCUUGGGUAUGUGAUGGUGACAAUGAUUGUCAAGAUAAUUCUGACGAAGCUGAGAACGCAUGCGCUACUGAGGGUUCAAUAUCACUUGUCGGUGGGACAGUAGACAGGGAAGGUCGAAUUGAGGUCCUUGGGUCUGUUUCUGGGACUGUAUGCUCAAAUGGAUGGACCAGAAGUGACGCUCAUCUACUUUGUAAAAGUCUGGGCUACGAAGGCGUCCAAGAACAUUUAGUGUACACAUUUGGAGAAGGAACAGGAGACAUUUGGUCAAAUAUUAACGGGUGCAUCGAAGAUUUUUCUAACCCUAGUUGCAAUCCUGUCAACUCAAGCACAGACCCAAAGUGUAGUCACUCUGAAGAUGUUGGUAUCAUAUGUUUACCAAUACAAAUUCGAUUAGUGGGCGAAGAGUUACACGAAGGUCGGGUAGAGAUUUACUAUUUUGACCAGUGGUCAACAAUAUAUGGCCUACACCUCGUUGAGGCUAACAUAAUUUGCCAUCAGCUAAGUUACCCUGCUGCCGAGUUUUCUGACUGUUGUGGAGUAUAUGGAACAACAUUUGGCAUGCGUUCGUAUGUAGUUAAUUGUGUGGGUGAUGAACAAGAAAUAUCUGAUUGCAGCAUAGAAAGAACCUCCAACCUCGACCGUCAAGCUGGAGUCACUUGUGCUAGAGAUGGAGUAAGACUAAUUAAUGGGGAAUUUGAUUCAGAAGGACGUCUUGAAGUAUAUACCGACUCAGGAUGGCACAGCAUCUGUACUCAAGAUAUCAACACGGAGGCCGCAAGGGUUGUUUGCAAGCAGCUUAACUUUGACGAUGUUAAAAAUAUUAGCGACGUCUCCACUACCAACAGCACUUCAUCAGCUCUUCACAACAUUUCUUGCUCGGGAAGGGAGAGUAGAUUUGAAGAGUGCAUGUUUGAAAUCAUGUCCAAUAAAAUGUGCAAAAGGAAUGUUUACCUAUUCUGCGAACCAAGUGGAACAAGACUUAUUGAUGGAUAUUCCAGAAAGUCAGGUUUUGCCCAAACGUAUAUUAACAACACUUGGAAGUACAUGUGUGUCAACACAGAAAAUGUACUUAAACAUGUUUGCUUGCAACAGCAAUCAACUGGAAUUGAGUUUAUCCAGGAAACAACUCCAGAUAAUGUUAUUCCUGCGUGCAUAAACUGCAUCAUAUACAACGGUUUGCUUCAAUGUGACCCCACUGAAGAAAGGGAAUAUUUUUAUCCGAAGAUUUCUUACACUGAAUGUUCAACAGAUACGAUAAGAAUUGAAGAAGGAGGUCAUCAGGGAUUGGUUGAAAUCUUCAAAAACAGUAGUUGGAGUUAUGUUUGUCAGGAUUAUUGGAAUUCCCAUGCUGCUGAGAUUGCUUGUAGGGAACUACAUUUUCUCGGUGCUAGCGCAACGCAGCCUGACCAAACUGGUCCCAGGGCACCUAAUGCCAUCGUGGUUCGAUGUGAAGGAAGCGAAACCAGUCUGUUACAAUGCCGAUUUGAGCACGGUGUACAGUGUAGCAAACAUGCUGUUGAACUUCAAUGUUUGGAUAUUGGAAUACGUUUUGAAGGAUCAGUAGUGGACUACGGCGGUCGUGUUGAAAUAUAUACAAGAAAUAAAUGGGGAACAGUUUGCGAUGACUCUUGGGACACCGAUGAUGCCAAUGUCGCUUGCAUUAUGGCAGGCUACAUUGGGGCUAUCACAGCCCAUCGUGAAGCAGCUUUCGGUGAAGGCGUUGGUCCAAUUAUAGCUAAUGAUUUUCGGUGCAGUGGCAAAGAAAGGAGCUUAUUUGACUGUCCCUAUAAUGAGCCCGAUACAGGCUACUGUUCCCAUCAGGAGGAUGCUGGCGUGAUUUGCUCUACAGAUGUCAUUCGACUUUCUGAUGGCAGCAAAUCAGCGGGACGUGUAGAACUGUUCUUGAACGGAAAAUGGGGAACAGUUUGUGAUGAUAACUGGGACUUAGACGAUGCCUUAGUUGCCUGUCGUCAACUUGGCUUUGAUGGUGCGAGUGCUUUCUACGUCAAUGGCAGAUUCGGAGCUGGUGAGGGACCAAUACAUCUGGAUGAGGUUCAGUGUACUGGUGAAGAAACUGAACUUUUACAGUGUCACAGUAUAAGUACCCAUGACUGUCAACAUUCUGAAGAUGCAGGAGUAUCUUGUUUUUAUGAAUCACGUGUUACUCCUGUAUGGCUUGGGUCGUUUAACAGCAUCCAAACCGAAGUAUUCCUUAACUGUAAUGCUAACGAGUUUGGAUGUGAUGGCGGUCGUUGUUUGGAAUCUUCACUAAGGUGUAAUGGAAUUCCAGAAUGUAUAGAUGGAACGGAUGAGUUGAAAUGUGCUCAAUGCAGCAAAAGCCAGUUACGAUGCAGUGAUGGUAAAUGUUUACAUCAAAAGUAUAUAUGUGACGGAAUAUCAGACUGUCCAAACGGAAUAGACGAACGCAAUUGUCCCUCUAGCCUUACAUGUAAACACUUGGAAAUGCGUUGUGAAAACGGUGUUUGUGUAGAUCAGCGGUAUAUAUGUUUGCUUGACAAUGAUGAAUAUGGGAACAUACUAGGCUGUCGAGAUCGCAGUCAUUUAUACAACUGUGCUGCGUUUCAAUGUCCAGCUCACACGUAUAAGUGUCCUAACUCAUUCUGCAUCCCAAUCAAAAGUAGAUGUGAUGGAAGCAAUGACUGUGAUAACGGAGAAGAUGAACAAUAUUGUGAUGAUUAUAACUGUCCAGGAUAUUUCAAAUGCAAAGAUGCCACAAACUGUAUCUCUCAAGAUCGUGUCUGUAACAAUAUCAAAGACUGUGUUCGUGGUGAUGAUGAACUUUUCUGCAAUGUGACGUGUCCUGAAGGAUGUACCUGCAGUGGUCUUUCUUUUAACUGUUCUGGUACUCAAUGGGGAGAGGAUAAAGGUGCUCUUAUUCCAACAGAUAUACGAUACUUAAACAUGAGCGGAGUUUCUUCGUAUCCUGUCGUUUCGGUGAAUGAGCUACUUUACAACAAUCUGAGAAAUUUCAAGUUCUUGAUAAUCUUGGAUAUCUCGGGAAACAGUAUCGCGGGAGUCACAAACGCAGACUUUGUCCAGCUCAUACAUCUAAAGAUACUUUGCAUCCAAGACAACAUGAUAACGUCAUUAAGUGGUGAUGUCUUUAAAGAAUUACACAGUUUGAAUUACCUUGAUAUACAUGGUAAUGGUUUGAAAUCUAUAGACAAAAGAGUAUUCGCAGGAUUAGCAGAACUGGAAUAUUUAGAUAUUUCGGGAAAUGACAUUGGUAACGUCGAUACAAACAUAUUUAAUGAUCUGACGUCUAUCAACAGAUUAAUCUCCGAUGACUACGCAUUUUGCUGCUUACUGAACGACAAUAUUGAUGUCGAUUGUACACCAGAUGCUGACGUCUUUUCCUCUUGUGAAAAUCUGAUGCAGAACGAGGUUCUCAGAGUCUUUUUAUGGGUUUUCGGAUUGAGUGCACUAAUUGGAAACGUCUUUGUGAUCACAUGGCGCGCUAGAAACUGGCCAUCAGUAAAAAGUCCUUCUUACACCCAGUCUUUUCUGAUCACGAAUCUUGCAGUAUCAGAUGCCCUCAUGGGUGUAUAUAUGUUGAUCAUUGCAAGUGCUGAUGUGUAUUAUCGUGAUGAUUACGUUACACAUGAUAGAUAUUGGAAAGGAAGUUUUAUUUGUAACUUCGCGGGAAUCUUAGCUUUUCUGUCAAGUGAAACAUCGGUAUUCUCUCUGACUGUGAUUAGUUGCGACAGAUUUCUUCACAUAGCAUUUCCAUUUAACAGAUUUCAUCUGACACAAAAAUCAGUGAAACGAGUGGUAGCAGGCGGGUGGGCAAUAACGUUGAUCUUGAGCAUCAUCCCAGCACUGCCAUCUUCUUACUUCAACAGUGAGUUCUAUGGUGUCACAAGUGUCUGUUUGGCACUACCACUAACAUCAGAAAAAGUACGAGGAUGGGAAUAUACUGUUGCAAUUUUUAUUGGUGUCAAUAUGUUCUGCUUCUUGAUAAUCUUUUUAUCUUAUUCUGGAAUUUUUUUCCUUAUUAAGAGGUCUAGCGCAAGAGUUAAACAGAUGAGUACGAUAGAUUCCGUAAACAGACAACAUAUAGCACUGGCUGUACGGAUGGUUUUUAUUGUUGUUACGGAUUUUCUUUGUUGGGUACCAAUUAUAAUCAUGGGGAUAUUGUCAUUAACCAGAAGAGUUGAUAUCCCGACAGAUGUUUACGCCUGGACAGCAGUUUUUAUAUUGCCAAUUAAUUCAGCAAUCAACCCCUAUUUAUAUACCAUUGCAUCUUUAAAAAAAGUGCAGAAACAACUCAGACCAAACAAGGUAGUAUCCGAAAGCACACCCCAGAGUGAUAAAUGUUCAAUGAGUGUAGUUGCAAACAGUUCAGGCGAACACCACCGACAAAAAGGAAAAGGAGAGUUGCCAGUUGUGAAGAAAAUUGAAGCUAUAGUAAAUUCUAAGAUUGAGACAGGUAACAAAGUGUUUGAUGCUGAGAUAUGUGAACUUCUAUCAAAGGCACUGCAAUUAGCCACGCAAGGACCGGAUAAAACUAUACAGGUGGAUGUGGAAAAGUGUGUACAACCGACUAAGGUUGACUCAAACCACUUAUUGCAAGCAGACACGAGGAUGCAGGGCGAUUACGAAAUGAGUGUACACAACCCGGUUUUUGACACUGAUGUUUAGUUUUCUCCAACAUUAAAAAAAAAAGUUAAUUAGGUAAUCAGUCAACAUCUAAUCACCAAAGUUUGUAUGUUAUAAAUAUUAAUUUUUAUAUCUAAAUAUUUGUCAUACAGUACCCUGUUGAUGACAUAAUUAAUGUCGAAAUAUUGAAUCCCAACACGAUGGCGUGUAUUUCAAUACUUGGAGUAUAAUUCCUGAUGAUGACAUAAUUAAUGUCGAAAUAUUGAAUCCCAACACGAUGGCGUGUAUUUCAAUACUUGGAGUAUGUAUUAUACUUUCGUACCCUGUGUAAUAUGAGCAAAUUGACCUAAUAUUUAAUUACUAGGUGAAUCUAAGCUAACGGUAGCAACGUAUAUCUUUGUAAAAAUCAUACCAAAGUACAGAAUGUCUUCCUCCGAUUUUGCAUUAGGUCAUAAGAUAGAGAAGUCAAGAUGGAUUAAAUACGGUAUGCGAUUAAUUGUUUGUGUAUAUAGGCAUAUAUAUAUAUAUAUAUAUAUAUACAGUAUAUAUAUGUUAUA